AUGUCCACAAUCAACGUCACCGUCAAGUGGGGCAAGAAGAAGUUCGAGGCCGUCGAGCUGGACAAGUCGGCGCCGGUCGACCUCUUCAAGGCGCAGCUAUUCGCGCUCACCAACGUGCCGGUCGAGCGGCAAAAGAUCAUGGGCGUCAAGGGAGGCACCGUCAAGGACGGCGCGGACUGGGAGGCGCUGGGCGUCAAGCAGGGCCAGGUGCUGAUGCUCAUGGGUUCGGCCGAGGCGGUGCCCGAGGCGCCCGCCGAGAAGACGAUCUUCGUGGAGGACAUGCCCGCGGUCGACGUCGCCGCGCUCACCGCGUCCAAGAACCCAGGCGGGCUGACGAACCUCGGCAACACUUGCUACCUCAACUCGUCGCUGCAGGUGAUGAUCCGCAUCCCCGAGGUAUCGCUCGCGCUGCAAAAGUACGCCGGCACCGGCGGCGAGUCUGAGAAGGCGCUGCUGUUUGCGAUGCGUGAGUUGGUCGGCGAGCUCGAGCGGUCCAACGCGACGCAGGAGGUGCGCCCGUUCAAGUUCGUGUCGGUCUUUCGGCAGAACUUCCCGAUGUUCGCCCAGCAGGCCGAGGGCGGGCGCGGCUUUGUGCAGCAGGACGCGCAGGAGUGCUGGUCCACGCUCGUCACGAAUGAGCUGCGCGACAACCUCGGCGACGCGCUCUUUGGCGACGAGAGGUACGCGUGCGCCGAGGCGGGCGGCGAGGAGCCGUACGAGAAGCGCGAGAAGGACACGGCGCACCUCUACACGGCGGUCGAGGCGUCCCUCUCCGAGUCGAUCGAGAAGCACUCGGCCGCGCUCGGCCGCGAGGCGCUCUUCGACAAGACGGAGCAGAUCGCCCGCCUCCCGCCCUACCUCGCCGUCAACUUUGUGCGCUUCCAGUACCGCAAGGACACCGAGAAGCGCGCGAAGAUCCUCCGCCCGAUCUCCUUCCCCGACGUGCUCGACGUGCGGAACCUGUGCACAAAAGAGCUGCAGGCAAACAUCGCGUCGCACAACAACAGGCUCGAAGAGGCGCGCGACAAGGCUGCAGCGGACAAGGCUUCCGCCGACAAGGGGCGGACGGCCGAGGGCGGCCACUAUGUUGCGUGGGUCAAGCGCGACGCGAAGACGUGGCUCGUGUUCGACGACGAGACGGUCGCCGAGGUGGACGCCCCGCGCAUCAAGGAGCUGUACGGCGGAGGCGACUGGCACAUCGCGUACAUGUGCCUCUACCGCAAAAUGGAGACGCUGUCGCUCGAGGAGGAGUGA